UUAGAAGUUUAGUAGUUGCUUGACAUCUAUCGAUAAGGUAAAAUACAUUCGCGGUUCAUUAUCAAAAUGAAACAUAAGAUAGUCGACCUAUACCAGUUACUUUCUAAUAAACUUAAAGAAUAUGAAAUAAUCGACGAAAAAAUCGACGCGCUCACAGCACCAGGAGAACAUUAUGGAUCCGUCAUAAUAAGCGUCGACUUAAAAGUGAAAUCAACACAUAACGGUCACGAAGAAAAAACAAUUAAUCUUGUUGCUAAACUGCUGCCCGCGAAUGAAAUGCUAAGAAAAGUGUUUGACGUGUUAGUGACAUUUAAAAAAGAAGUUUUUGCAUAUACCGUAGCUGUUCCCACUCUGAUUGCUUUCCAAGAAGAGUACCAAAUACCAGCUUCUAAAUGUUAUGGUAACCUAUUUCCCCAGUGCUUUGGUGCUCGUUUAAGUGUUACUGAAACCAGUGAUCAAGUCGAUGAUACCGGUGUUUUAAUUUUUGAAAAUUUAAAAACUCAAGGCUUUUUUACCCAAGAUAGAUUGGAAGGAUACGAUACAGAAGCAGUGAAAAUUAUCUUGAAAGAUUUAGCCCUGUUUCAUGCUACACCCAUUGCCUUAAAAUUGCUAAAACCAAAAGUAUUCCAAGACAAAAUUAAACCAUGUUUAGUUCGUAAUCAAGGUUUGGAACAGGUAAAAGAAAUAGCAGAAGUUUUUCAUAUGUCUAUCAUUGACGGAGCUAAAGAUUGUCCUGAACUAGAACCAUAUCUAGACAGAAUAAAAAAUGUGUGCAAUCGUUUUACUGAUCCAAAUUUUGUCAGACCUCCACCUUCGGAACCAUGGAGCACUAUAGCACAUAGUGAUUUCUGGACAAGUAAUUCCAUGAUGCUUAAAAAUUCUGAGGGGAAAUACCUACAAAGUAAGAUUUUAGAUCUACAACUCCUAACUUACAACUCUGCACUUUGUGACUUGGUGUUUUUCCUUUUCACCAGCGUUAUAAAAGAAGAUUUGGAGAAGAAUUUUGACAAUUUUCUUAAAAUUUAUUAUGACAGUUUUAUAAACACUUUAAAAGAUUUUGAUGUAGACCUGGAAGAUUUUUCCUGGGAUGGUUUUAAAGAAGAGUUUGAAAAAGCUGGAAGAAACGAAGUUUACCACAUAUUGGUCAUGUUGAAACCUAUUUGUACCGAACGGGGAAUCGUACAGAAUAGUCCCCAAAAUUUUGUGAACUCUGAUUGGACCAGAAAAGAUUUACUUGGACCUAAUCAUCGACGAAAAAUAAGAAACACAAUCCUAGCCUUUAUUGAAAGAAAUUGGAUUUAAUUUAUAUACAGAGUGAGUUUUAUGUGUGGAACGCUUCAAUUCUCUCGGAAACGGCUUGCACGAUUUUUCUUUAUUUUAGUGAGUAAGAGUCUUCUAAUGCAGCCGAUAUUAUAGUGGUAUUAACAUUGUUGUCAGAUCUUCCAUUUUUCUGGAAACCUAAUGAACUUUCUUAUUUCAAAUGGAAUACUCUUUAUUUUUUUUGUGUUUUCAAGUCUUUAAGAAAUACUAAUUAUGUUUCAUGUAAUAUUCCCUAUACCUAAAUGCCGUAAUUU